AUGGUGGGGAAACGCAUCAGUUUGGAGAAGAACCUCCUGAACGCCGGCAAGCAGGAGCUCUCGGCCAACCUCGAGCGCACGGCAUUGUGCUCGUUCUUUGCCAUGGGCAAGUGCCUAAGGGGAAAGGAGUGCAAGUUUGCCCACGACAUGACUCAGAUCAGGCCCAAACCAGAUCUGACCCGCACCAGCCUGUGCCACGACUUCAUGCGGAAGGGUUCUUGCAAGAGUGGGAGCAAGUGCAAGUACGCUCACGGGGAAGCACAGCUGCGCGGACCGAAAGGGGAGCAGAAGAAGCCGCUGGCCGCUGCACCCGCUGCUGUGGUAGAGCCGCUGCUUUGGGAUCCCAUGGGUUUGGAGUUGGAAGCACCGCAAGGCCAAGGUGUCAAGGAGCCCUUGGCUCCGAUGGACGCAUUGAUCCCGGUGCUGCAGAGGCUCAUGGGCAAACGACAGACACGUCCAAAGAGCCCUCAGAGCCCUCCGACUCCUGUCUCGGAGGAGAAGAAAGCUGAGACAAAGACGGCCCGAUAUUGUCAGAUUCCGAACGACAAAGAGUGCGGUUCUCCACUGCCAGAAUCCCUGUCGAGUCAUCCCUUCAAGGUCGUACUGCGAGCGGAUGGCCAGAUCACGUGUGCGGAAGCCGUUGAUGUCUACCCCGUGCUUCCCAAGGACUUGGCCUUUCCUAUUCAUGUCAAGAACACGUUCUUGGACUUUGAUUCAGAAAUCCCUCCUUGCGACUUCAUUCGAUUCUGCACAGAGCCAGCGGAUCUUGGGCGGGGCGCUGUCAGCGUGGCAAAGUCCAUGAUCCGAGAGCUGGUCGAGAGGGCUGCAGAUAUCAAGGAUCCCAAAGAGAAGCGGGAAGCAUUGGAUCAAAUUGUGCUACUUAGCGAAAGCUCCCAAAGCCUCGCCAGCAGCGUCGCGCCGGAUGUGGAAGUAGGUACUCCUGUCUACGAUGGCCCGCUGAGAUACAAGACGCUCGAGCAGAUGUUCGAUGUGUACUUGGAUGGUGUCAUGGAGGGUGUGCAGCAGCAGACGAAAGCAAUGAUGCAAGCCUUUUCUGGCGGAGAGGAUGCAUCUGGCGCACAGCCGUCCGUGGCGGAGAUGACGGCCAGAGCUGAGCAAGCUGACAAGGCUCAAACCACCCUGGCUGCCAUCUUCAAGAUCUCCGAGGGCAAGGUUCAGAAGUUGUUGGACAAGAAAGGUGAGAAGAUGCAGAAGGAUCUGCUGGGUGGUCUUCUGAGCGGCGAAGCCUGA